GUUCGUUUUGUACUUGUCUGGGAAACUAAUGCUGAAGACAUCUUUGAGUGUCAGCGUCUAUGCUUGCAUUUCAAGUGAUGCUGCUUAUAUUGUGUUAUGGGCAGUAUGACUAAUUUUCAGUAGUCAGAUGUUGAGAUUCUGUUUUCCAUCAGUGCCACACCCGUUGAUAUCGGUAUAUGUUUUAUCAGGAACAUCUUUUUUGCAUAUAUAGAACGAUGAAGAGCACAUGGAUCAAAGUGCUCUCGGUGAUUGUCAUUGGUGCUAUUCAGUUGCGAACUAUUUCAGCGACUGGAAACAAGUCCAUAUCUAACAAUGAAGACGGAGACGAAAAGGAUGAGAAAGACUGGCCAGUUAUUGACCUGAUAAUAGCCUGGAUUGAAAAGCCUCCAUACACAACAUCGCCCACCAAUGGAUCACUUGACGACGAGGCCCAUGGUAUGCUGAGGGACGUCCUCGUGCGGUUCAUAACAGUAGAAUGCGGUUUUUAUGCAGACAUUAACUACCAAGUGAAAACAUUUCGAGCUGACAGUGAAUUUCACAUGAUUGAGCUUCUAAGGCAAAACAAAGUCCACGUCGCUUCUCCUAUAUUCGAACCCAUAAACCGACGGUACGACGAAUUUUCCUUUUUCAAAAUCACUGAUUAUCCAGGGAGCGAAUACAUCACUAGUGAAGAUGAAGCCAACAAGCUCAGUCUUGUCUUCGACGCAGUGCUGGAGUCUUGGUCAUUGUUUGCGGUGACUCUGAUACUCACGGCCAUUGCUGGAGUCAUUAUGUGGGCGCUGGACACUUACUGGAACAGUCAGGAGUUUCCUCGUUCAUUCUUCAAAGGAUCUUGGGAUGGAUUCUGGUGGUCCUUUAUUUCCAUGACAACGGUGGGAUAUGGCGACAAAGCUCCAAAGUCGAUCGUGGCUCGAAUUUUCUCAAUCAUCUGGAUCCUGUUGGGUCUCAUUAUCAUGGCGAUUUUCAUGGCGAACAUCACCUCUGCACUUACAGCUCUUUCCUUGCAACUGGAACCAACUGACCUUGUCGGUGUCAAGGUUGCAGUGCUGGGCAAUGGUACGGAAUACCAGCAUGCACUGGAGGAAGAUACUGAUCUAUCAGUGUAUUCCAGUAUUGACGACGUCAUUCAAGCUGUGAAAUCAAAGGAAGUAGAUGGAAUGCUACUGGACCGCUUCACAGCUUCCUAUUAUCAGUCAAUGGGCAAAUUAAAAUCACUUAUCACCGUCAAGAAGUUAGAACUUCAAAGGGACGUUGGAGUUCUGUUUUCCCAAGAUAGAUGGUAUCUGGCUGAGUGCUUAAUAAAUUAUCAUCGAGCAAACAUUUUCAAGUCAGCUCAAAUCUUUACCGAUACAUACAAGCUAACAGAGCAGAAGCCUGCAGGAAAUGUCAAUCUGUUUGACGCGUCAUCCCCCUUUAUUAAGCAGUUCUUGUACGUAUCGCUUGGCGUAUUAGCUGGAUUGCUCCUGAUUGGAACCCUGUGGGACAUCUUUAUUCGAAGGAAGAGAGGGAUUAACCAAAAGAAAGUAUUAGGAGCAGCAGUCAAUGAAGGAAUGGCCACAGAUACAAUCCAAAACGACCUCGAAGUGGCACGACGGCUCCUUCGACAAACACAAGAACAGUUUGACAAACUGGAAUUCAAAGUAUCAAAAUUGAAAUAUAAUUUUUAA